AUGACAACCGAUGGAACCUACACCACCAAAACUGGCUAUGACUUUGUGCGCCAACAUCGUUCCCGGCAUGCAGCCUCUCCUUCCUCCAGCUCUGAUGCAAGAGGGCAUGGCCAACGGAAAAGCUUCUGGAUGUCUUUGUGGAAAGCUCAGGUUCUACCGCGAGUGAAGGAUGUGGCUUGGCGGGCAAUGCUCGAGAUCUUACCUGUGCGUCAAGCGUUGAGGAAGUGUGGAAUGGAGGUUGACGGGAGCUGUCGGUUUUGCUUGGAAUCUGAGGAGACAGCAGCUCAUGUUCUGUUCCAACUUCCUGUGGUGCUCCGAUGGUGGUUUGCUUCGCCUUUGAGUUUGAGGUUCCGGGAAAGUGACGAUCCUGCAAGUUACUUACAACAGUUGUUCGACACAGAUGAACCAGAGGUAAUCAGUUAUGGUAUGACUAUGAUAUAUGCAAUAUGGGAGCAGAGGAAUAACCUUGUGCAUAACGGGAUCCAAGCCACCUUUGAGGCCCUGCUACAUCGUGUUCCAACGCUGGAAUGCGCGGACAGCAGCGGGUCACUAGCACCAGGUCCAGCUCGUGUAGAGGACUUAAGGAUAGCUUGGCGACGACCGGUUGGGAACACCAUCAAAAUUAACUUUGAUGCCUCAUGGACUGCUGCUAGCGAUACAGGUUUUGGUAUGAUAGCAAGGAAUAACAAUGGGGAGGUGAUGGCAGCGGCUGCUCUUGGUUUCACAAGUGCAUCUUCCGCUCUCAUGGCUGAAGCUUUAGCAUUCCGUUGGAGCGUUUCUUUGGCCAAGGACCUUGGUUUCUUCCGGGUGGUUUUAGAGACGGAUUGCCUACAACUUUUUGAGGCUUGGAAGAAGAAUAGGCUAGGGGAUUCUUAUUUAUUUUCAGUUUUAAAUGAUUGUCGAGACAUGGUCUCUUACUUUACUAGUUUUGAUCUUUCCUUUGUUCGUCGUUCCGGUAACAGUGUGGCUGAUUUCUUGGCUAAGAACUCCUCAAAAUUUUCUAACAUUGUUUGGAUUGAGGAGGUUCCCCCAGAUUUGGAUCUUUUGGUGACUUCGGAUGUAUUAGCCUCUAUGGCGUUUUGA